AAUAAUAAUUUGCAAUUGCAAUACAAUUCGUUUGUGAAUCUGUGAAUUCUGUGAUAAAAAAUAAGAAUUAAAAUCUUCUUGGGUUGGUUGUUGGUGAUAAGUCGUGAUAAAAUACUUUCAUUAAUCUUUUUAUUCAGAAGUGAUUGAAAUCUGCUUUUCAAGAAUCCAAGAUGCCUCGUUACCAUAAGGUAGAAAUUAAUAAAACAGAAUGGAUUGUCCCAGAAAGAUAUCAAAUGCUUACACCUGUAGGCUCAGGUGCUUACGGACAAGUUUGUUCCGCGAUCGAUACUCUGCAUAAUAUGAAAGUGGCAAUUAAGAAAUUGGCGAGACCGUUUCAGUCUGCUGUGCAUGCCAAGCGCACUUAUCGCGAACUGAGAAUGUUGAAGCAUAUGAACCAUGAGAAUGUUAUCGGUCUGCUGGAUGUGUUCAGCCCCGAAAAGACCUUGGAAGAGUUUCAGCAAGUGUACCUAGUAACACAUUUGAUGGGGGCUGAUUUAAAUAAUAUUGUUCGUACUCAAAAACUGUCUGAUGACCAUGUUCAAUUUCUGGUCUAUCAAAUUCUCCGUGGUCUUAAAUAUAUUCACUCAGCAGGAAUCAUUCACAGGGAUCUAAAACCUUCUAACAUUGCUGUCAAUGAGGACUGUGAAUUGAAAAUCUUAGAUUUUGGUCUAGCCAGACCAACUGAAACAGAGAUGACUGGCUAUGUAGCGACAAGGUGGUACCGAGCUCCUGAGAUUAUGCUGAACUGGAUGCAUUACAACCAGACUGUUGAUAUUUGGUCUGUAGGCUGCAUUAUGGCUGAAUUAUUGACUGGCAGAACUUUGUUCCCUGGUUCAGACCAUAUUGAUCACCUCACAAGAAUAUUGUUUCUGUGUGGAAGACCUGAUCAAGAGACAAUUGACAAAAUAAUUAGCGAAGAGGCUAGGAACUACAUUCAGUCGUUGCCUGCCCUGAAGAGACGUGACUUCCGUGAGGUGUUCCGUGGUGCGAACCCUCUCGCCGUCAACUUGCUAGAACUCAUGCUGGAGUUAGAUGCUGACAAGCGUAUAACAGCGGAACAGGCGCUGGCACACGAGUACUUAGCGCAGUAUGCUGACCCAGACGACGAGCCAGUGUCGGCGCCAUACGAUCAGAGCUUUGAGGAUAUGGAGCUCCCCGUUGACAAGUGGAAAGAGCUGGUGUGGAAAGAAGUGGUGGAUUUCAAGCCUCACCCUCAACACAUGAAUACAGUGGUAGAAGUGACUCCUUCGUAAAGUCAAAUACUCUGUACCUUUAGUACGAGUUUGCUUUACGUAUAAAAUAAUCGAAACGAGAGCGCGUUCAGCUGAUUGGUUGGUUUAUUCGAGCCGACCAAUCAGAGCGCCAAACGCGCUCUCGUUUCGAUUACAUUAAACGUUACGCAAACUCAUACUAAGGGUACUCUAUAUUAGUUACCACAGAUCUAUGUGAACCUUGUUGCAACGCCGGCUACAUCUUAUAAGCUAGUAAAACCAGGGUAAAUUAUUUCAAAUUAUGUACUUUUUACUUGUAUUUUUUAGCGCUAAUGUAGACAGACUGAGACCUUUCUUCUUAUUUAAAUGUCAGCUGUUGUAAGUCUAGCUUAUUGCUAGAAAACUCUUAUAAUUCCUUGGGACAAUAAUCAGGGAUAUAGGACAAUUAUUAGAUGAUAGACUACAAAUCAUGUUACUAUUCCUAAAAGGGGUAUACAGAGGCGCACGUUCACUUUUGAAUCAUAUUUGGCAUAGCACAUAAACAUGGAAAUAUGUGACAAUAAAUCAUCUUAUAAAGUAAUUUUCAUAAGUAUAAAGUGUAUACUAGAGUUAUUUUUAUGUCAAACUAUAUUAUGUGCUGUUUCGUGUUUGAACAAUUCUCAGCUUGAUGAUCAAACACGAACGCUGCCUUUGUAAAAUACUUUAAUCCAGUAAAUUAAGACAGCAGCCCCUAUCUAUUAAUUUUAAUUGUUAAUCCUAAGAUUCCAUAAAAGUAUAAACUUAAGAUUUUGUCCAGUACAAAGCAGCUCUGUAGUAAGCUCAUCGAUAUUUUGUCACCUUGUCUGUCUGUCUACUGCGUUUUAUGUAAUCUUCAUUUACCCCUAUAUUCUGUAAGUUCAAUAACAAAAGCAUAAGUAAAUCUAACAUUAUUGUUAAGAUUUUAAAAAUUAUACAUUAAUUUGUAUCGAUAUUUUCGUUAGUAACAACGAUUAUGGUCAGAUAGUUUGUUUAUAUAUUAUGUAAUUGGUUUUAUCUUUAGGCGAUAAGUAAUAUAUGCACAAAAUUGAGAAAAUAAUAUAUUUUAUAAUAUUACUGGUUUGGCCACAACCUUUUGGCAUUUAAUGCCUCUAUGUGAAAUAGUUAUUGAUGUUGGGAUGUUGGUAUAGAGACAAUAUAUGGUUUUGUUUUAUUAUUGAAGAAGUACAAUGUGAACUUGAAAAUAUUAUGUGUGUAUCUGUCAGGCACUGCACACCAGUUAUAAGUUUUAAAUCAUCAUUUGUUGUGUGUGUUUCACCAAGUCUUUCGUAGAUUUUCGAAAGUUUCAUUUCAUCACCUUAUCAAUUUUGCACAGUCUUUCCUAGUCCUAAAUACCUAUUUGUGCUCCCUAAAUACAAGUUUAUGUACCGAUGCCCAACAUUAAAAUGAUAAUAGUUUGUAUAGUGACUAACAAUUACAUGUUUACAACAUGUAAUUGUUUACAACAUGUAAUUGUUAGUCACCUGUUCAAAACAUCAAUAAUAAAGCCUUUGAAAUUGUAGUGAUAAUAAGAGCAAUAUAUUUUAUUAUAUGUAAGAAAUUUAAAUAGAUAUGCAUUCUAUUUGUAAGUAAAAUGCUUUUGUAAUUGUUGCCUUGCAUUCUGCGUCAUCCGUAGUCAGUACAGUGUUACCCAUUACUAAUUGGCUUUAUACGCUGGUGCUAACUAAUUUGCUGCUAAUAAUAAUUAGUUAGAAAUAAGGUCUAAAUAGAAAAUGAAGAUUUUUAUAGAUGAAAAUCUAAUUCACAUGCUUCAGAAAGAACAGUUAUAAUAAUAUAAUUAUACCUAUGUACAAUUUUUGUUGUCCAUAUUUUGAUGACUUGACUAGCCGUCCAUCAAGGUGUUUUUUAUUUUUGCUCAGUUUUACACUACACUUGUAGAAAUGUUUACUUUAUAAAAGUAGGCUUGUGGGAUUUGAGGAGGGUUCUAAGAAACAACAUGAAAUAUAGUUGCCAUUUUUGUACUGCCACUGAUGAAUUGAUAUAUGGCCUACAUUGUAAGUGAAGAUGAUGAGAACUUCAUCACGAGAACUAUUGUUGUGCUAGGUACAACAUUAUAUUGGUCAUGAUUUAGCUAUCACGUUUUUUUUUAGCUUUCUUAGACCAUAAUUAUAUUUAUGUAAUAUCAAGUGUACUAGGUGCAGCAAAAUGUAGUAAUAUUGCUAUUUUAAGAUAUAAUCUUAUAUUUUAAUACAGACUAUGUCAACAAUUUGUAAGUAUUACACAACAUAGAAUAUGUAUUUUGUUGAAUUCUAAGAGUAAAAUGGAAUAAUUAA